ACCUGGCGCUGGGAGAGCGCAGAGCUGGCUGUGCGGAGUGGCCGGGGCUGGAGGCCAGGGCGGGAGGCGCGGCGAGGCCGCGGGAACGAGCCCGCCGGGAGAGCCGCCGAUGUUGGCGGGCGCGCCGCGGGGCCCUGGCCGGGUGAGCAGCCCCUGCUCGGCCGGCGGGUGUACGCGGGCGCGGGGCGACGCGGACGCAGAGCGGCAAAUCGGAGGAAAGAGCCGCUGGCCAUGGCAGGGGGCGCGGCGGCCUCGGGGCUGUGUCGGCAAGUGGCGCUGGGCAGGCGGGAUUGGAGCCCCGCGGCUUUAAAGGUUCCUAUGGCUGUAGAAUCACUGAGAGAUGAUGAGGAGGGUCAUGUGACCUUUGAGGAUGUGGCUGUCUACUUCUCACGGGAGGAGUGGAGACGGCUUGAUGAUGCUCAGAGGCUCCUGUACUGUGAUGUGAUGAUGGAGAACUUUGCACUUGUGACCUCUCUGGAGCUCGUAUAUUCUAGGACCCAUGAAAUUACUCAGCUGCAGUCAUGGGGAGAGCCCUUUACUCCUGCUCAGGGAGUUGUGACGCCAGCCCUGCUGCAAGGUACUUGGAGGGUAGAGCUGGGGGAGAUGUUGAGCUCAGGUUGUUGGCAUAGAGCAGUGGCUAUGGAGGCUCCAGAACAGAGUGUCUCCACAGAAGUGAAAAGUGAAAACCUUCACCAACAUCAGAAGCUGUGCUAUGGAGAGAAACCCUUAAAAAGAGAAGAGGAUAAGGUCUCAGUUUUGAGGAGCUGCAGAAUCCAUCUAUCACAGAAGUCUUUGCAAAUCAGAGAGGGUGGGAAAGAUUUUACAACCAGCUCCAGUCUUCUCAAGUACCAGGUGACUCACCAUGAAGUGGAGCCCCCCAGGAGCACUGAGAGUGCAGAGGCCUUUAAUACUGGAAAAAGGCACUACAGGUGCAGUGAAUGUGGGAAAGCUUUUGGUCAGAAAUACUUGCUUGUUCAGCACCAGAGACUACACACUGGGGAAAAGCCUUAUGAGUGCAAUGAAUGCGGGAAGCUGUUUAGCCAUAAAUCCAACCUUUUUAUACACCAAAUAGUUCACACCGGAGAAAGACCCUAUGGGUGCAGUGAAUGUGGAAAGUCCUUUAGCCGAAAUGCUGACCUCAUUCAACACCGAAGAGUUCACACUGGAGAAAAACCUUUUACAUGCAGUGAAUGUGGAAAGGCUUUCAGGCAUAAUUCCACACUUGUUCAGCAUCACAGAGUCCACACUGGAGUAAGGCCUUAUGAAUGUGGUCAAUGUGGAAAGUUGUUUAGUUUCAACUCUAGCCUCAUGAAGCAUCAGAGAGUUCACACUGGAGAAAGACCUUAUAAGUGCAGUGAAUGUGGAAAAUUCUAUAGCCACAAGUCCAGCCUAAUCAAUCACUGGCGAGUUCACACUGGAGAAAGACCUUAUGAGUGCAGUGAAUGUGGGAAGUUUUUUAGCCAAAGCUCAAGCCUCAUGCAACAUCGAAAAGUUCAUACUGGAGAAAAGCCUUUUAAAUGCAAUGACUGUGGGAGAUUCUUCAGUGAGAAUUCCAGCCUUGUUAAACAUCAGAGAGUUCACACUGGAGCAAAGCCUUAUGAGUGUAGAGAAUGCGGGAAAUUUUUUCGCCACAGCUCCAGCCUUGUUAAACAUCGGCGGAUUCACACUGGAGAAAUGCCUUAUGAAUGCAAUGAUUGCAGGAAAUCAUUUAGCCAGCGUUUCAACCUCAUUCAACACCAAAAAGUUCACAUUAGAGAAAAGUCUUGAUGCUUUGAAUGUGGGUGAACUUUUAGCCACACCUCCAACCUCUUCACAACACUGGAGAGGAUGCAAGCUAAAAGGAAGCAUGAAUGCAGUUAGUGUGGAAAUGACUUUAACAAAAGUUCUGUUCUGACUCAGUGGCAUAAAUAUCACAGCCCGAAUAAGCCUUAUGAACACAGUGAAUGUGGAGAAAGGCUUAAGCCAGGGGUGUAACCUUAUUCCACACUAGGAAGUUCAAACUGGAAAAAGGCCUUAGGAGUAACUUAACAGAGAGGUUCUGAGAGUUGACUUUGUGGAGGAGCCAGGGAGUGGACAUCACUUAUCCAGACAUGCACACUGAGAGCAGGAUGAGAACUGCUACCACCAUGCUCCUCCCAAGAAGAUGGUCCUCUGCCUGGAGGCUCCAAGGAGAAGGGGAGCUUGUAUCCUUGGCUACGCCAAUUGGAGUUCAUCUAACCGAGCAAGGAGGCAUGGAAUGGUUUUGGUUCAAAUAAGCCUGACUCUUGCUUUCCAUACUGAAUAAACAUUUCUUUUGCUGUA